CAGCGGCGUCCCUGACGCGCAGAGGCUGCCUACUCUCCACACCGCGGGGGAGAAUCCCAAAAUUCUUGGUUUGCGAUCUGACCGCAAACCCACGAUCCUCGGAGAAAGAUACUUUUGUUUAUCACCCCAAACCCCAUACGCCAUCCAUGGCUUCAUCCGGGAGUGGAACUGAGGAAGUGCGCGUGUCGGCGUUGACGCCCCUGAAGUUGGUUGGCUUGGUGUGCGUCUUCCUUGCGCUCUGUCUGGAUAUCGGGGCCGUGUUGAGCCCCGCGUGGGUAACGGCGGAUAACCAGUACUACCUGUCUCUGUGGGAGUCCUGCUGGAAGCCUGUCACCUCGGACACAUGGCAGUGCAACACCACGCUCGAGACUGACUGGCAGAUUGCCACGCUGGUCCUGUUGCUGGGUGGUGCAGCCCUCAUCCUGUUCUCCUUCCUGGUGGCCCUGGUGUCAGUGUGUGUCGGUUCCAGGAGCCACUGCUACAGACCCAUCGCUGUCAUGCUGUUCGCUGCAGUGGUGCUCCAGGUCUGCGGUUUGAUCCUCUACCCCAUUAAGUUCAUUGAGACGGUCAGCCUGAGGAUAUACCACGAGUUCAACUGGGGCUAUGGCCUCGCCUGGGGGGCCACCAUCUUCUCUUUUGGAGGGGCCAUUCUCUACUGCCUCAACCCCAAGGACUAUGACGACUACUACUAAACCCUGCAAGAUUAGAGAGGAGGAGAGCCCUCUACACAACUUCAUGUUCCCCCCACACUCACUGUGAUAGCAGCUGAAACUCUGAACUUUAUAGAACUGGUAGAGAAAAUACAUAUUCACACACAUCGAUUGGCGAAUCAACAACAGUAGUGUCUAUCUAUACAGUCAAACCUUCACAAUCCUGUACUAUACCAGACUUAAAGGAACACUCUAUAGCACAGUAUGAGGUUGUGGUCUCCACGGGCAUCUCCGCCUGUGUUGUGACCAACAUCAACCAUAGGCUAAGUGGUGAGGCUAAAGAGCCAAUUUGACAGUUCAAUGGAAUCCUAAUUAUCAAUCAGAUGCAUCAGUGAAAUCAUGUCCACAUUCUGAGCCAACAGUAGGUCCCCUUUAACAUAGGAACUCCAGUAGGAAUUGGCAGCACAAUGCUUUGUCAUUAAUAAACCACAGAGAACAGAUGGAUUAGCUGAUCUAAUACAGAGACGAGAGGGAGGAGAAGGGACAGUUGAGAGUGACAGACACACAGAACAAUCAGAGAGCAGAGGGAUGGGCCAGAUAGACAGAUUGAUCUUGAGGAGGAAAGGAAGGUGACUCACCUAAGGAAAGGAAUCAAGGAUGCAUGCCAUCACCCCCUCUAAUAUAUGUGAUUACCUUUGCUUUUGCCUUUCUUUCAUCUUUUCAUCUGUGCUAAUCUAAAAUAAGAUUGGAUGGGUUAAGGUAGGCAGCAAAGAGUAAUUUGCUUUCACCUAUACUGCUCCUCUAGAUCAGUGCAGAUGAAGGGAAGGAGACAAGGGAAGGAAGCCACUAUAGACUAUUGGUACAUGCCCCAAUGCCACAAACAAGAUAUGGUAUAAUUGGUUAGGCCAGAGCUCACGAUACAUUCCAUGCAAAGUAUUACUGGUUAAACAUUAGCACAGGCCAUACACACACACACACACACACAUACCACAUGCACACAUACCACACGACACGCAUACUCACAUCACACACACACACACUAGCAGCGGUAAGGCAUAAUCUAAGACCGGGAUGGGCAACUAGCGGCCCGCCCCCCUUUUGUAGGCCCGCGGAUCAAUUUCCAAAAAUGAAAAUGAGUUUUUUUGGAACUCAGUGGGGGUCUCAACUUACUAUUGAGAGUAAGAAUAGUAGAAUACACAAGAUGCAAUUUCGAA